CUGCGAAGCCAUGGCGGCUGCGUCGGGAAAGAGGUUGUCCUCGAUAUUGGGCAGAUGGCGCCGCGGGCUUCGAAUGGCCCCCCAGUCCCGGGCGCUGGCGGCCCUUGUUCGCGGCGUGAGUCAGGUAGAUAACAAGUCCGAUUUUCUGGGGAAGAAGCCUCACCGUCGGCACCCUGGCAUCCUACGUCUGCCGUGCGUGCAGCUGCCACAGGCACUGGCUGACGCCGCCCAGCUACUGCUACUCCGGAACGCAGUGCCCAAUGUGGAGAAGCAUGUGCAAGCACUUACCAAUUAUCUCUGGAGCCGACACUUGCCCCUAGAACCUGAGGAGCUACAAAGACGGGCUGUGAGUCUGGAGAAAAAAUUCCUGGAAAACGCAGACUCAUUCCAGACCGAAGAAAAGCUUCGUGGAGCAGUGCUACAUGCCCUGCGCAAAACCACCUACCAUUGGCAAGAACUGAGGUACAAUGAAGGACUGAGCCUGGUGUACAUGGCAGCAAGACUGGAUGGUGGCUUCGCGGCAGUCUCCAGGGCAUUCCAUGAGAUCCAAACUCGAAUUCCAGAGUUUCAGCCACAAACCUUAAUGGACUUUGGCUCGGGUACUGGCUCUGUCACCUGGGCUGCUCACAAUACUUGGGGCCAGAGCCUACGUGAAUAUUUGUGUGUGGACAGAUCAGCUGCCAUGUUGGAUUUGGCAGAAAAACUACUGAAAGGUGGUUCAGAGUCUAGGGAGCCUUAUGUUCCAGGUGUCUUUUUCAGACAGUUUCUACCUGUAUCACCUAAGGUGCAGUUUGAUGUUGUGGUAUCAGCCUUUUCCCUAAGUGAACUGCCCAGCAAGGCUGACCGCACUGAGACAGUUCAGAACUUGUGGCGAAAGACAAGUGGUUUUCUGGUGUUGGUAGAGAAUGGAACCAAAGCAGGGCACUGCCUUCUCAUGGAUGCCAGGGACAUAGUCCUUAAAGGGAAAGAAAAGUCACCCUUGGACCCUCGGCCUGGUUUUGUCUUUGCCCCAUGUCCCCAUGAACUUCCUUGUCCCCAGUUGACAGCCUCUAGGCCCCUGGCCUGCAGCUUCUCCCAAGGCUACCACCCCAUCCCCUUCAGCUGGAACAAGAAACUGAAGGAGGAAAAGUUCUCUAUGGUGAUCCUCGCCCGGGGCUCACCAGAGGAGGCUAAUCGCUGGCCCCGUAUUACCCAGCCUGUCCUUAAACGUCCUCGCCAUGUGCAUUGUCACCUGUGCUGUUCAGAUGGGCACAUGCAGCACGCUGUGAUCACAGCCCGUCAGCAUGGCAGAGAUUUGUAUCGGUGUGCCCGUGUCAGUUCCUGGGGAGAUCUUUUACCUGUGAUCACUCCGUCUGACUUUCCUCCAUCCUCUGCUCAAGAUCCCCCUCAGAGCUGACAGGACUGUUGUUGGUAUACUUCUUGGCAUAAUUAGCACCAUCUUGGACAUAACCACCAUUUUUGUCCACUCCUCAAACUCCUGCACACAGGCAGGAAUGCUCUCAUAACAAACCCAUUAAGUGGAGCUCUUGGGCAGUAAGUGCUGCCCCAUUAAUCUUGGAGUGCAGCUGACCUGUUCCCUACUUCUUGAUGAGAAAUAGACCCCUUGUCAUUGACACAGAGCCACCAUUGUCUAAUAUGUAAGCCCCCUCCCUUUAGGCCAAGGCGUGGAGAUCCACUGGUCAGCAGUUGACCAUGUCCACACUUCUGUACAUAGGUUAUCCUUCAAUAAAGUGUAUGCUUUGUAA